AUGCGCACUCUUCUGGUCUUUUUGCUGCUUCUAACCCGAACUGAAGCGCAGGUGGCAGCGAUUUCUGAAAUCCCAACAUGUGCGCUUCAAUGUAUGAUCAAAGCACUGCCAUCGACGGGCUGCACUGCCACAGAUGUGGGAUGCCUUUGCAGAAGCGAGGCGCUGUGGUCGCAGACCCAGGCUUGCGCCACGACAGCAUGUUCUGUAAAGGACUUGUUGACAUCGUCGCGUGUUGGAGCGGAAUUGUGUCAGCUUCCUCAGCGAGAUAGGACAACACUCGUCCCCAUCUUGUCCACAAUUCUGUGCGUACUCGCAUUUAUCACGCUCGUCAUACGACUGGUGUCUCGCCGACCGGAGCUCACAGGACCAUUUGGCUGGGACGAUGCCAUCGUCACGCUUGCGUACAUUCUCGCAGUCCCGGUUGUCGUCUUCGCGCACAUCGGCUGCCCGAAAGGACUCGGCAAGGAUAUUUGGAUGGUACAAUUUCCGGAAAUUCCCAACAUACUGCGCUUGUUCUACUUGUGCCAGGGCUUCUAUGUCAGCUCGGUCAACCUUGUCAAGAUCGCGUUGCUGCUGUUCUUGUUGAGAGUGUUUCCAAACUACUGGUUCAGACGCCUAUGCUGGCUUAUGAUCGGCAUCGUUGCCCUUUUUGGCACCGCAUUCACGAUGUUCUCCAUAUUUCAGUGCAGUCCGAUCAAUCACGUAUGGAACCAAUGGGACGGACUCCAUGAGGGCAAGUGCAUCAACAUCUACGUUGGAUCCUACGUCAAUGCAGCCAUCAACAUGACGCUUGAUAUAGCCAUACUUUUGAUGCCGAUGCCAAUGCUCAUCAAGCUGAAUGCAACCUACUCUCGGAGACGCAAAGUUCACAUCAUGAUCAUGUUCAGUGUCGGCAUUGUCGUUACAGUCUUCAGCGCACUGCGCGUACGCACCCUCGUCAGCUUUGGCAAUCUGGUAAACCCUACAUGGGACUACGUCGACGUGGCAAUCUGGUCUAUAUCCGAAAUGUUCUUUGGGAUCAUCUGCUGUUGCCUGCCGGCGAACAAGGUGUUCUUCAUGCGUAUACUACCACACUGGAUCGGCUUCACUCGCCUGGGGAGUACCGCCCCAUCAGGGCCCUCAAACGACAAGCUUGAGUCUACUUCACGCGGUACUUCGAAGUUCUUACGCAAAAGUGGUAAAGCCCCCAGAAUCGCCACUGCGGCGCUAACAAACGUGUCGGCUUUUGGUGACCCCGAGGACAAUCGCGAAUUUACACCACUUCCCAGCCACUCGACUGACCAGGUCCCUCUGCAGAAUCGGGGACAUCGUACGUCAACGACGGCGUUCGGCACCACGAGCAGGCCACAGAACGUGUAUCAGGGUACUUGGGAAAAGGGUCAAUUCAAUCGUGGUGGCGCCGUAGUGUCGACCAGGCAAUUUUCGUGA